AUGGCCAGCUUAGCCAGGGGCAGCUUCACCGUGCGGAGCCUCUUGGAUUUACCUGAACCCGAAGGCGAAGGCGGCGGCGGCGGCGAGGGGCGGGAGCCGGCAGAAGGCUACGCCGCCUCUCAGUUCCGAGCGUGGGUGGAAACCGAGAGAAGCCACUAUCUGUCUUCAGAAGACAGCGGCGCCGAGAGCCGAGCGCGCCCGGCCGCCGCCUCGACCCGGGAGGCAGCGGCGGAGGAAGACGAGGAGAAGCUGAAGAAGAAGCGGCGGGUGCUCUUCUCCAAGGCCCAGACGCUGGCUCUCGAGCGGCGCUUCAGGCAGCAGCGCUACCUGUCGGCGCCGGAGCGGGAGCAGCUGGCGCACUUGCUGCGGCUGACGCCCACCCAGGUCAAGAUCUGGUUCCAGAACCACCGCUACAAGAUGAAGCGCGCCAAGGGCGGGGAGCGGGGCGGCGCGGGGGGUGGCCCGCCGCUCAUGCGACGGGUGGUGGUGCCGGUGCUGGUGCGGGACGGCAAGGCCUGUCAAAGCUGUAGCACGGCGACCGCCUCUCGAAGCCCCGGCGGGGCGCAGGCGGCGUUCAACCUCCCCGGCUACUCGGCAUUCCCCCAGGCCACUUCCCUGGGCCUUUUCCCCGCCUACCAGCACUUAGCACCGCCUUCCUUAGUAUCCUGGAACUGGGGCUGA